GGGACGCGCCGCCAUGGCGAUCCGCAAGAAAAGCGCCAAGAACCCCCCAGUCCUGAGCCAUGAAUUCAUCUUGCAGAAUCAUGCAGACAUCGUCUCCUGUGUGGGGAUGGUUUUACUGCUGGGGCUUAUGUUCGAGAGAACAGCAGAAGCAUCUAUCGUUUUUAUUACUCUUCAGCACAGUGUUAUUUUCCCUGCGGCAGAACGAACUACGGAAUCAACGUCCCUUUAUGGUUAUGGUGUCAAAGAUUUGGCCACAGUUUUUUUCUACACGCUAGUGGCAAUAAUUAUGCAUGCCACAAUUCAGGAGUAUGUAUUGGAUAAAAUUAGCAAGCUAAUGCAGUUCCCCAAAACGAAACAAAGCAAAUUCAAUGAAUCUGGUCAGCUUAGUGCAUUCUACCUUGUUUCUUGCAUUUGGGGCACUUUCAUUCUAACCUCUGAAAACUACAUCUCAGACCCAACUCUGUUGUGGAAGGCUCGUCCCCAUAACAUGAUGACAUUUCAAAUGAAGUUUUUCUACAUAUCACAGUUGGCUUACUGGCUUCAUGCUUUUCCUGAACUCUACUUUCAGAAAACCAAAAAACAAGAUAUUCCUCGGCAAUUUAUCUACAUUGGGCUUCAUCUCUUUCACAUUGCUGGAGCUUAUCUUUUGUAUUUGAAUCAUCUGGGACUUGUUCUUUUGAUGCUGCAUUACUUUGUCGAAUUACUUUCCCACAUUUGCGGCCUGUUUUAUUUUGGCGAUGAAAAUUAUCAUAAAGGGUUUUCUCUGUGGGCAAUUGUGUUUAUUUUGGGAAGACUUGUGACUUUAAUUGUUUCCUUACUCACUGUUGGCUUUCACCUUGCUAGGGCGGAGACUCAGAAGCAGGAUGUCAUUACUGGAAACUUCAAUGUGUUGGCUGCUAAAAUUGCUGUUCUGUCAUCCAGUUGCACUAUCCAAGCAUACAUAACGUGGAAUUUAAUUAAUGUUCAGCUUCAGAAGUGGCGGGAAGAGUCUACUUUUCAGGUCCCAUGUGUGAAGAAAAAACGGACAACCAGUAAAGGCAGGUCUUCUAAAAAAGGAACUGAAAAUGGAAUGGAAACUUCAAAUAGAGCAGACUCUCCCCGUAAUAGGAAAGAGAAAUCUUAAUAAUGAAUUUUAAUAUGUCUUUCCGCACUAGAGACUUUUCUGUUCUUGAAAUAGUUUAUGCUCUUUGAUUUUUGCUGUUGUACUGUUUCAUGUACUUCUUGUUUAAAGGGAUUUGAGGGGAGGAUGAUAUAUUAUGAAUGAAAAUACAUUUUAGCUUAGACUAAACUACUAGUCUUCAAAAUAGUUUAGGGACCACAAACAUAUUUUGUUUUGUUUUUUACCUUUGAACAUUGUCCUAAUGAUUUGGAGAGAUAACUACAAGAUUCCACAUAUCAGUUAUAUAAUACCUUGUUGCCCCAGUUUUUCAUGAUGUAAACAAAUGGUCUGUUCCAGUAAGAUUAUAUAUUUUAAGUUCUCUAUCAGGGCAAAAUGGAAAUACUAUAAAGGUGGAAGUCAAAUUUGAUGUUUUCAGUAUUCUGUAAUUCUUAGAAAGAUUUUUUGUAGAAUUUACAACUAGAGAAAAGAUUUGUAAAACAACCAAAAUAAUUAUGUGCUCUAUUUUUAAGAUAGUGGUUGUUAAUGUUGCAUCCCCAUUUUAAAAAAAAUAUAUACUGAUGGUCAAAUGUGUGGGUAUUUAUUGCCAUAUAUAUUGAAUCAAAAUAUCUUAAAUUAAAAUAAAAGUAAUAUUGAAAAGGUAAAAUCAUUCUUGUCCAUUUUAACCCUUGUAAACUGGAAAUAUGAAAAUUAAAUAUUUACUGUAAAGAGGAAAAUCAGGUUUACAUAGUCUUUUUUUGAUGUUUUUAAAAACCAUGGGUCUUGCAUAAGACUGUGUGUACAGCAUCUUAGAAAAAUAUUGUUUAACUUUAUAACCAUUUUGAAAACUAAUGCUCACUUGAUUUAUAUAUCUAAAAAGAAUGUCAACUAAUUACAUUUGGAGAAUAUUUAAUA